AUGAAUCAUUAUUUAGCUCUGUACGCAACAAAAGCAGCCUCAAGGGAGGAAAUUACUGAAAGGAUAAUUGCUGAGAUGGAGAAGAUUCAAUGUAGAGGGCUAAGAGUUAUCCGAAAUUCACUACAAGCUACAGCAAAUGAAAUUCAUCUAAUAGACCUAGGGAUGAUGUCUGCAAGAGCCUUGCUGGAUAAAAGAGCUUUAUUUUUCUGGGCGAAAGUAUCAAAUGCAAAAGAAGGGAGCAUACUCAAAAAUUUAGUAAAAAUCAAUUAUGAGGAAAAACUGGGUUGAGAAAAAUGAUGUAGAGAAUUAUUGGACAAAUACGGGCUGGAUGAUUGCAUGUUACCAGGAGGGGAAAAUCUGAAGCGAUGGCGAAGAAGAAUGCAUAUGGCUAUAUGAAGAGCUGAUAGGGAAUGGUGCAUUCAACCGAUGCGAGAAGAAAACCUGAAAAACCACGACAUUAUUUUGCGAUAUGAAUGCUGUUACUUGAAAAAUGGCUGAAUUCACAAAACUUAA